AUGAUCCUUGAUCAUCAUCAGUUCACCUCUCGACUCUUUCAUUUCAUUCAGUCUAACGCCAACAUCUACGACAUUCACAAACUUCUUCAUCAACUACCUACACUCAAUCUCAACUAUCUCACAUAUCAUGGACAAUCUCUCGUUCAUUUCUGUUGUCUCCACAAUCGUCUCGAUGUGCUGAAAGUGUUUGUGGAAGUCGGUGAGUGUGAUAUCUGGAUGUACAAUGCCGAUGGUUGGUUGCCAUUACACAUUGCUGUUUAUCUUGGUAACAUUGCAUACCCAAUUGAUGUCAAUACGAGUUUAUCAUCUCUGGCCACAGCGCCAAUCUCUUUAGACAGUAUCUUGAAAAAAUGUGGUGAUCUUAAUCGAUUUCAUGUGAUACAUUAUUUCUUUAUUAAUCUCAUUUCGAUGAGUAGUGCUAUUGUUGGCUUUUACUAUGUUUUCGGCGCAGCUGAACCUGAGCAUCGAUGUCGCUUACCAGUCUCCAUUUGGCCUGACGAUACACAGUACUAUCCAAUUAACCGAACGCAUGAAACAAUCAUUAACGCGUAUAUCCCCAAAACAAAAGAUGGAACAACGUGGGAGAAAUGUGUACGAUAUGCUUCUGCGAAUCCGAACGAUACAUUAAUCAGUUGUCCGAAUGGUUGGGUUUACGAUCGAUCGAUAUUCGGCUAUACAUUCACUGAAGAGGCAAAUCUUGUUUGUAGUCAUGAACCGUUGAAGAGUUGGUUGGCAACGCUAAUGCAAUGUGGUGGAUUUUCAUUGUUACUUAUCGGUUUGUUUGCGGAUAAGUUCGGUCGGAAAAAAGUAACUGCAUUUGUAACUAUUUUACUGUUUAUCACAUGUGUUAUCACACAAGUCAUCAUGCAAUGGGUACCGAUGACAAUCAAUACGAAGUUUGGUCUUUUAUUACUUAAUCAAUUUGCAUCUGGUCUUACUGCAUCUACGUUCAGUCUGAUAUUUAUUCUAAUGCUUGAAUUGACCUCGUCUGCACACACAAGUCUUGCCGGAAAUAUUACACUUGUUUCCUUCACAAUUGGAGAAGCCAUUCUAACUCUAUUCGCUUAUUUGGCAAAAGAUUGGCAAAUACUCAAAUGGGCUAACACAUGUUUUAUUGGCUUAGUUCUACCUUAUCUUUAUUUCAUGCCUGAAUCACCGUUGUAUUUGUAUUCUAAACGACAAUACAAUCAACUUGAAGCACUUUUACGGCGAAUUGCUGAAACCAAUAAAAAAAAAGAGACCGAUUGGUAUCCACACUAUCAAGAAUUUCUAAGAAAUCAGCCAUUGACUCUUACAUACGGAAAUAAAAUGCCUUUCUGUCGAAAAAUUCAUCAAACACUUGUCAAUCGAUCAAUCAUGACUAAAUUAUUAACGAUUGCUUUGCUUGGCUUUACAUCACUCAUGCUCUACAUCAAAAUCAGUUAUGGAUUAGCUGUUAUGAAAAUUUCUCCAUAUCUAGGCAUAUUGAUCGGUGCUGUUGUAGAAGCUGCUGGAUACAUUACAGGCAAUGUACUGAUAUCAACAAGAUUAGCUCGUAAAGGUUCAUUUGUUCUAAUGAUGACUCUCACAACUGUUUGUGUCAUUCUCAUUCCAAUCGUUAUAAAACAUAGUCCAGAGGCAACAGUGUUCAUCGCUCAAUUUGGUAAAUAUUCGAUAUCAGGUGCAAUAGCUGUGUCUUGGAUAUUUGUUCCCGAACUGUUUCCUACUUCGAUUCGAAGUGGCGCAAACGGAUUUUUUAUCGCUUUCGGUCGAAUAGGCGCUAUCGUUGCACCAAUUAUCAAUACAUCGAUAAGUGCGGAAUAUCAACCUUAUACAUCGUAUGCAUCGGCUGGAUUAGCCGUGAUUGUUGUUUUAUUAACUUUAUUAUUACCUGAAACAAAAGAUAAACCGAUGGAUGAUGUCGCCGAUUACGAAAUCAAUCGAAGUGAUGCUUAA